UUGCUACUGAGGGAAAUACGUAGUUUAAAAUUACCGCGAAAAUUGCUAGAUUGUUAUCCGAAUAAUAAAUUUGGCGCUGUUCACAGGUGCGAUUUCGAACAAUUCACCAAUUAAUGAUUUUGAUAAGUACGCACGCAAGCGUGAUCAAGUGAAAGGUGACAUUUUACAAUUGGUUCCACAAAUAUAUCGGUUGCUAAUUACCGGAAUUACCCGCUUUCCUGUCGACGUAUUGAUAAUUGACAAUGGGUAUAAAAUAAAUGUGAGUGGAUCUGUGGAAAUCAGUUGAUGUAACAAAGUGGUCAUUGGAUUCAUAAAGAUUCACUCAGGUAGUUGUUAAGAAGACAGAUUCAAAGAUGAAAGUAACCACCAAAGUUUGUUGUGAAGUUGUUUCCCUGCUUAUACUAUCUCUAACGUUACUCAGUGCCUGUUUAGCUGCCCCAUUAGACACAUAUUACCAAACAGAUGAUUCCGAACUAAUAAAUCCACAGAGGUUGCAGCUUCUCAAAGAGCUUAAGGACAUGAUUGAAAUAGAAGAAAGAAAUAAACAAGAAGAAAUGGGUAAACCUUUUGUUCCCACAAAUGAUGCUACAGGACUGAUGCGCGUUAUGCCACAAAAGAGAUUUCGACCAUUUCGAACACAGACGCGCGGAGGUAGUGGAGUAGCAUUGUGUCUUUGGAAGGUAUGUCCUGCUGCACCUUGGUUAACGUCAAGAAGUUAAGCUCUGACAUGACACCGACGAGGUUCGAGCCUAAAUGACGUGCAAACAUUUCAAAAUGACAUUUAAAGUGAUAUAUUUUAGAUAAUAAAACUGUUUCUGCUUUUAAAUUAUGAAUAUUCAUUCUACUUUUUGGAAUAGUUUAAGACUAAUUUUAUGAAAACAAUUUUGUUUUGCUAUUUUAAAGACUUUCAAAGAUCUAUUCAAUGAAAUAAAUAAAAGAGUAAUUAAAUUGAAA